UUGCUGUGGAGUCUAUGCCAAACACCCACCGCACAUCUCCACCGGUACUUGGAAUGCCCGAAUUAUGGCGCCAGACUCCUGUCCAAACCCAGCCGUGAGUACCUCUCCACGUAACUGACAGGUCGAGGAGGCGGAGGGGAGAAAGAGGGGGAAACCUGUUCUUUUUAUUCUACACGAUAGGGCAUCUCUCUUUCUAUUCAUUAACCGGUGUGUGUACGUGCAUCCGGUGGAUUUUUUUCCUCCCUUGGCCCUGCCGGGUGCAGGGGCCGGCUGCUUUGAAUGGCCUGGUACGACAAGAUUUCAUUUCGUAAGUCGGCAGAUAUGAGGCGAUCGCAUGCACACGGACAGGAGUCCGACAGGACGGUUCGAGAGAUAAAAGAGCUGAAGAGGAAAAGUCAAAUGGUUUUUGCACAGAAUGGAAUCGACUUCUCUCAAAUCGUCGACAUCAACCUCGAUGAAGAUCCGGGGGACACGUCGCUGGAAGACGAGGUACAGGAAUCCCCUCAUGCCAAGGAAUAUCAAGCUCAAAUUGAAGUGCUGAAGGAUGAACUGUUCAAUGCAAAGAAGGAUAUAGGUUAUGCGAUAGAAGAGAGAGACAUCGCUCAAGAGAAUCUUGCUGCCGCUUAUAGCCAGAUAGCACAACUCAAAGAGCAGAUGAAACUGGAGAAUGUCUCGCAUGAGAAAACCAAGAAGGCCUUACAAGAAAGGGAUAAUAUCAUUAAUCAACUCAAAAGAGUAUCAACCUUGGUAUACAAUGAAUUCAAUGAGGUACAGAGCCUAUAUGAGAAGGAAUCGGCCAUGAGGGAACAAGCUGAAAAGAUGGCAUCAGAAUAUUAUGCAAAGAAUAAGGAAGCAGAGGCGUACAAACGCCAGAGUGCGAUGUUAGUAAGUGAUGCCAUCAGCGGAGAUGAUAAACUCAUUCAGAGCAUGACAGAGAUGGAGAAACUCACAAAGGAACUCGAAGAGGAGAAAGAGAGACAUAAAUUAGAGGUGAAGAGAUUAAAGGACGAGCUGGAACUCUCAGAAAGCCGGGAGAAGAUGGAAAUGCUUGAGAACAAGCUGAGCAUCGCAAAGGAAGAGAACGAAUCGCUGGAGAAGAGAGUGGAGGAACUCGACGUCAAGAACAAGGAACUGGCCUACGAACUGAAAGAAGCGCUUAGUAAACCCAGUCUUCCGAACAUCCCACCGCCUCCCCCACCUCCACCAGUGCCACAACCCCCUAGGAACCCUCUAGAAAUGCUGCAGAAGAUCAUUAAAAGGAGAAAUCACAAUAAAAAGUCGGAAGAUGGCAGACAAUUGGACUGCUAUCAGAAGCAAUUUGAGACGGCGAUGCAGGACAUGAUCACGAGGAUCAAGAAGGGUCAGAUCGUUCUGAAACCGGUCACCAAACCUGAGGCUAGCGAGGAUAGGCCAAGAGCACCACUUUCAAAACAAUCUAUGAAGAGAGCACAGGCAGUACAAGAACUGGAUAAUAUACUGGUUGGUCUGAAGAAUAGGAACAGGAACAGACCAAGACCUCUUCCAAAGGGGUCCAAGGAGACGGAACAAACCGACGAGUUUGCGAAAAUAAUGGCACAGAGGAAGGAACGAUCAAAGCAGCCACCUCCAACAAGUUCGAGACCAUCCCCUCAACCCACAGCUCACCCACGCUCUACCCCAAGGUCAUUAACCAGCAGUACUAGUCUAGACAGUGGUAUUCUACCCCAUAGGACCGUCACCAACGUGCCUCCCGUUGUUCCGAAGAGAUCCCCUCUCACCACCACCACCAGCGACCCAACACCCCCUCCGCCCGAACCCAUCUACAGCACGGUACAUCACGAUGACAGUCCACCGUCGACGCCUUCCUCCACGCUCUCCUCCAUCAUCUCCUCGUCCUCCCAGGAGAUCGAGAUCCAAAACAACCCGGCUUUCAUCCACGAUAGCGGCGACGAGCGAUACGCCUCCGCGGACUUCACCCCGCCACCCCCGACGGCGGCGAAUCCCUCCGCCUUGCAACAGAAUGGAGCGUACAACGCCAAGUUUACCAUCAGCAGCGACUUUGGAGAAUCGGGGGACUACUCCCUGGUGGAGGAGAGGCAGGACAAGCCGGUGCCAUCGCCAAGGCGACAACCAUCCAUCCCCAAGCACGAGCCGGAGCCUUAUUACAGCGAGGUCAAUAACCUUUAGAGUGUGAACUGAACUUGUCAUGUGAUCGGUCAGGUGACUGCUGGUGAAUUUCUUUUUGUGUUUUUAAUCUCUUAUUGCCUAUACACAGGUGAUGGACUGAUAAAAGCCAUGUCCUUUACAUGUACAUGCGGUUUUCACAGGGCAAUCUGCGAUAGGAAAACAAAUAGAGCAAACAAGCUGUAGAUAAACCAGUCUGCAUACAUGAAGAGCAUGUAAUUACUUUUAUGAGAUCUUGCUGGGAUUUGCACAUUUUUUUAGCAGUUGGCAAAGCUUCAGAACCUAUGUGUACAGUAUGCCCUGUGAAAACUGCACUUGCAGAUGAUUUUGUAAUAUCUUUACCUCUUUUGGAAGGUAAGCCUAUAUGUAUAUAAUAAAAAUAAAGAGUAUCAUGUUUUAAAAUGAUUCAUUUUUAUGUA